GAGGAGCCGCGGGGCGGGCGGACGCCGCCCGGAGCCGUGCGGAGUGCCAGAAGGAAGGUGCAUUUCGGGAGCAUGCAUGAUGCAGUACGAGCUGGCGAUGUAAAGCAGCUUUCAGAAAUAGUAGAACGUGGAGCCAACAUUAAUGAAGUGGAUAUUCUCCAUAAAUUUACUCCUUUACAUUGGGCCGCACAUUCUGGAAGUUUGGAGUGUCUUCAUUGGCUCCUCUGGCAUGGAGCUGAUAUCACACAAGUAACCACGAGAGGUUGGACAGCAGCUCAUAUAGCUGCAAUCAGGGGUCAGGAUGCUUGUAUGCAGGCUCUUAUAAUUAAUGGAGCAAAUCUUUCAGCUCAGGAUGAUCGUGGAUGUACCCCUUUACACCUUGCUGCAACACACGGACAUUCUUUCACUCUGCAAGUGAUGCUCCGAAGUGGAGUGGAUCCCAGUGUGACUGAUAAGAGAGAAUGGAAACCUGUACAUUAUGCAGCUUUUCAUGGGCGGCUUGGCUGUUUGCAACUUCUAGUUAAAUGGGGAUGUGGCAUAGAAGAUGUGGACUCUAAUGGAAAUCUUCCAGUUCACUUAGCAGCCAUGGAAGGCCACCUUCACUGUUUCAAAUUCUUACUCAGUAGAAUGAGUUGUGCAACAGAAGCUUUAAAAGCCUUCAAUGAUAACGGAGAAAAUGUGUUGGACUUGGCCCAGAGGUUCUUUAAACAGAACAUUUUACAGUUUAUCCAGGGGGCUGACUAUGAAGAAAGUGAUCCAAAGUGUCAGGAAACUUUAGCAUUUCCAGGUCAUGUGGCUGCCUUUAAAGGUGAUUUGGAAAUGCUUAAAAAAUUAAUAGAAGAUGGAGUAAUCAAUAUUAAUGAGCGUGAUAAUAAUGGAUCCACUCCAAUGCAUAAAGCUGCUGGACAAGGCCACAUAGAGUGCUUGCAGUGGAUAAUUAAAAUGGGAGCAGAUUGUAAUAUUACCAACAAAGCAGGGGAGAAACCCUGUGAUGUGGCUAAGAGGUUUGCUCAUUUAGCAGCAGUAAAGCUACUAGAAGGACUACAAAAGUAUGACAUAGAUGAUGAAAAUGAUAUUGAUAAAAAUGAUGUGAAUUUUUUCAUAAGACAUGGUGUUGAGGGAAGCACUGAUGUGAAGGAUGACUUAUGUCUCAAUGAGUCAGAUAAAACAGAUGCAAGAAUGAGAGCUUAUAAGAAAAUUGUAGAAUUGAGACAACACCUGGAAAUUGCUGAGAGCAACUAUAAACACUUGGGAGGGAUAACAGAAGAAGAUCUAAAGCAGAAGAAAGAACAGCUUGAGGCUGAAAAAACAAUCAAAGAGCUGCAGGGCCAGCUGGAGUACGAACGACUACGUAGAGAAAAAUUAGAAUGUCAGCUGGAUGAGUAUCGAGCAGAAAUGGAUCAACUCAGGGAGACACUGGAAAAAACUCAGGUCCCCAACUUUGUGGCUGUGGAAGAGGACUCUUCUUGUGAGUCAAGCAAAGAGAAGCGGCGAGUGAAGAAAAAAGUGACUUCUGGGGGAGUUUUUGUAAGAAGAUAUUAAUCACUGUAAUAAACUUUAAAUAAA